GAAGAUGAAAGCCAUUCCCAUUCUUUUGUUUGUACCAAACUCCUCUUUUCAUGGCUGCUCCCUCCAUCCCAAAGGCCACUCCACUGUGUUCAACACAACUUAAUUAAUUAGCAUUUAUAUUGAGGAUGAGGGACCAUUAUAUUAUUAAUGCUCCAUUUCAACUCUUCUUCCUGCAACAAGCUAGUAAGGAGAAGAUUUUGAGGUAAAAAGGAAUUAUUUUGACAAAAAGUGGAAUCAUUUCAGUCCAACAGGAUUCUAGAGGAAUCACACUGUUGCUGGUGAAAUUAGAUUUUUGAUCUUUUGAAUUGAAUUUGAGUUCUGUUAUCAUCAGUUGAACUGUCUAUACGAGCAGUAAAAAGGAAUUAUUAAAAAUGAGAGUGGCGGUGGUGGGUGCCGGCAUUAGUGGACUGGUUUCCGCCUACGUAUUGGCGAAAGGCGGCGCCGGCGUGGUGGUUUACGAGAAGGAGGAUUAUGUCGGCGGCCAUGCCAAGACCGUGACGCUGGAUGGCGUGGAUUUGGAUCUGGGUUUCAUGGUUUUUAAUCGGGUUACAUACCCAAACAUGAUGGAGUUCUUUGAAUCUCUUGGAGUUGACAUGGAGAUCUCUGACAUGUCGUUUUCUGUGAGCUUAGACAAUGGCAAUGGCUGUGAGUGGGGCAGCCGAAACGGUUUCUCUGGUUUGUUUGCUCAGAAGAAGAAUCUACUCAAUCCAUACUUUUGGCAAAUGAUUCGAGAAAUACUAAAGUUCAAGAAUGAUGUCCUCAGUUACCUUGAGGAGUUUGAUAACAAUCCUGAUAUGGAACGCAAUGAUACACUGGGAGAAUUCAUUAAAUCCCGGGGAUACUCAGAGCUAUUUCAGAAGGCUUACAUUGUUCCAAUGUGUGCUUCCAUAUGGUCAUGUUCAUCAGAAGGGGUAAUGGCCUUCUCUGCUUACUCCAUUCUUUCAUUCUGUCGCAACCAUCAUCUUCUGCAGCUCUUUGGUCGCCCGCAAUGGCUCACUGUAAAGCAGCGGUCACAUCGCUAUGUAAACAAGGUUAGGGAAGAGCUGGAGAAGAGAGGGUGUGAAAUAAGGUGUGGUAGUGAAGUGCAUUCUGUUUCAACAGAUGAACAAGGUGGAGUUGUGAUAAUCAGUGGAAAGAAUAUGUCUCAAGAAACAUAUGAUGGAUGCAUAAUGGCAGCACAUGCCCCGGACACUCUGAAAAUGUUGGGAAAACAGGCAACAUUUGAUGAACUAAGAAUACUAGGUGCUUUUCAAUAUGUGUACAGCGAUAUUUACCUUCAUCGCGAACAAAGUUUUAUGCCUCGAAAUCCAGCAGCAUGGAGCGCCUGGAAUUUUCUCGGGACAGUGAAUAGUCGAGUCUGUCUUACAUAUUGGCUAAACACACUCCAGAAUCUAGGCGAGACGGGGCAGCCUUAUCUUGUCACGCUUAAUCCACCUCGUACACCCGAGCAAUGUUUGCUGAAGUGGACAACUGGCCAUCCAGUUCCAUCAGUUGCUGCAUCAAAAGCUUCGUCUGAGCUCGAACACAUUCAAGGGAAGCGCAGAAUAUGGUUCUGUGGUGCAUAUCAAGGAUAUGGAUUCCAUGAGGAUGGACUAAAGGCUGGUAUGAUCGCUGCACACGGGUUGUUAAAGAAGCGUUGCAGUCCUCUGAACAACCCGAACCACAUGGUACCUUCCUGGCCAGAAACAGGAGCGCGUCUUCUGGUGACGAGAUUUCUCAGAAGUUUUAUAGUUACUGGCAAUAUAAUUUUAUUGGAAGAAGGAGGCACGAUUUUCACCUUUGAAGGAACAGACAAGAAAAACUUGCUCAAAGUUUUGGUUAGAGUUCAUAGUCCUCAGUUUUACUGGAAGGUUGCAACUCAGGCUGAUCUUGGCCUAGCAGAUGCAUACAUUCAUGGAGAUAUCUCUUUUGUAGAUAAAAAAGAAGGUCUUUUGAAUCUUUUCAAGAUUUUUGUUGCCAACAGAGAUCUAAAUGCUUCUGUAUCAAGAUCUAAUAGCAAAAGGGGCUGGUGGACACCACUGCUCUUCACAUCUGCAAUUGCAUCUGCCAAAUAUUUCAUCCGCCACGUUUCGAGGCAAAACACUCUUACUCAGGCCAGACGCAACAUCUCUCGCCACUAUGAUCUUAGUAACGAACUAUUUUCUCUCUUUCUCGAUGAAACAAUGACAUACUCGUGUGCAGUAUUUAAGAGCGAAGACGAAGACUUGAAAACAGCACAGAUGAGAAAAAUCUCCCUUCUGAUUGACAAGGCAAAAAUUAGUAAGGAGCAUCACAUUCUCGAGAUUGGAUGCGGGUGGGGAAGUUUAGCUAUAGAAGCUGUGAAAAGAACAGGAUGUAAAUAUACCGGCAUUACCCUCUCAGAAGAGCAACUGAAAUAUGCAGAAGCGGAAGUUAGAGAAGCUGGCCUUCAAGACAACAUAAGAUUUCUCCUCUGUGAUUAUCGCCAAUUGCCCGACAAUUCCAGAUAUGACAGAAUCAUUUCUUGUGAGAUGUUGGAAGCGGUUGGUCACGAGUUUAUGAACGAGUUUUUUGGCCGCUGUGAAUCAGUAUUAGCAGAAAAUGGUAUUCUUGUUCUGCAGUUUAUAUCUAUACCAGAUGAGAGGUAUGAUGAGUAUAGGCAGAGCUCAGAUUUCAUAAAAGAGUAUAUAUUCCCAGGUGGAUGCCUACCCUCUCUAAGCAGAGUAACAUCGGCCAUGGCAGCUUCCUCUAGACUCUGUGUGGAGCACUUGGAAGACAUUGGAAUUCAUUAUUACCAGACACUGAGAUGCUGGAGAACAAACUUCCUGGAAAGACAGAGCCAAAUACUUGAUCUGGGAUUUGACAACAAGUUCAUCCGGACAUGGGAAUAUUACUUCGAUUAUUGCGCAGCUGGAUUCCAAACCUGCACACUGGGAAACUAUCAGAUAGUAUUCUCGCGGCCUGGGAAUGUGACUGCAUUUGGUGAUCCUUAUAAGCGACUGGCUUCAGCUUAGUGAGCACAUUCAUUGUUCAACGAGUUGAUGGUAUUAUCCCUAUCCCUGGGCCCUGUUCCCAGGGAUAAUGCUCCGAGGUGAGGUAGCAAGAAAUAAAGAAAUCCAAGUUUGGUUUUUGGUUGGUGAGAGAAUUCUCUCAUGUUUGUAUUUCUUGAUGAGAAUAAAUACAUUAUUUGCCCCAUUUGUUUUACAAUUGUUUGUUAAGUAUGAAAAGCACUGAUUAAAUGGUCGAAUAUGGUACAAAUGUCAUAUACUAGUAGACCUCUAUUGAAAAUACUCUGUAAUCAAUGUUAUGAUAUACUUUACUGGCAUUUCAA